GAUUGGUUUCAAUCUACAUGCUCAUGAUCUGGUGGCAGAGAACUGGUGACCCACAUUGGUCAUUGGGGUGGCCUCUUCCUUUGCUUCUUCUUUCCAAUUGAUUGAAGCAAAUCCAUCUAUUGGAGUCUGCAUGAUUGCUUCAGCAUUUUUUUCUAAUUUUUUCUUCUGCAACUUAAGAAUUCAAGUGAAUAUCUGAGGAAAUUUCUUUUUCUUUUAUAGUUUUGACUAUAUAAUCCUAUUAAUCAAUCUCUUCAAUAUCCCUAAAUACAUACUUUUGUUAGAGUUUUUCUCUAUUUUUUUGUUUUCUAGUAAAACACAAAAAAAUCCACCUGCUUGUGUUUGUUAAGGAAUUAGGAAAACACACAAACAUGAUAAAGUGUUGCAUAUGCAACAGAAGCCAACAGAACAACAAUUAAAACACACCCAGAGAGAGAGAGGUACAGAGUGACACAACACACUUUAAGGCUUUGCUUUAACUACUGAGCUACUACAGAAGUGGCCAUCCUUUUUUUUUUUUUUUUUUUCUUUUCAUUUGUAGUUUUGUACCUUCCUUUCUUUCUUGUUUCUUCUCCCUUACCAUUUUUUUCUCUCGUCUCUCAAGCAUAAUAGGUUAGGUGAUUGAUUCUGUUUUCUUCAUAGCAGGAUUUUUCACUAAUCUUUUUUCUUCUUCCUUUGUUGCCUUUGAAAUUAUUCUCUAGUCCUUCUGGCCAAACCAAACCAUAUUACAAAUUGAUGUCUAAUUUGUACAAUCAGAUUUCCUUACCUUCACCCCAAGGAGCCAAUUCACCAAACAUAAACAUGAGAGGCAAUUUUGAUGUUGAUAGUCAGUACUUAACGGAGCUGCUAGCAGAAAGACAGAAGCUUGGACCUUUCAUGCAAGUUCUACCCUUAUGUACCAGACUCCUUAAUCAAGAGAUUUUAAGGGUUACCGGAAAGAAUGAAUUAUUGCAGAACCAAGGAUUUAGUGACUUUGAUAGAAUGCGAUUCAUAAAUCUGAGUCAUAUGGCUUCUCCAAACUCAACACCAAACUUCACUGGCUGGAACAGCCUGUCACAUGAAAGGUUAGCUGGUGUGCAGGGACUAAACAUGGAUUGGCAAACUUCACCAGUUGUUCCAAGUUCUCCCAUUGUGAAGAAGAUAUUGCGCUUGGAUAUUCCUAAGGAUAGCUAUCCAAAUUUUAAUUUUGUUGGCCGGCUUCUUGGCCCUAGGGGCAAUUCACUGAAGCGAGUGGAAGCUACUACAGGUUGCCGUGUAUUUAUCAGAGGGAAAGGUUCAAUUAAAGACUUAGACAAGGAAGAAAUGCUACGAGGAAGGCCUGGCUAUGAGCACCUGAAUGAUCCGCUUCACAUUAUAAUUGAAGCUGAACUACCUACCAGUGUUGCUGAUGUAAGAUUGAUGCAAGCACAAGAAAUCAUACAAGAGCUACUUAAACCAGUGGAUGAGUCACAGGACCUUUACAAAAGGCAACAACUAAGAGAACUUGCUAUGCUUAAUUCCAACUUCAGAGAAGAGAGCCCUCAACUGAGUGGUAGUGUUUCUCCAUUCACUUCUAAUGAAAUAAAACGAGUCAAAACUGAUCAAUAGUGAUUAUAUGUUGAGAAUUGUUGCAUUGCUUGAAUGCUUCCUGUAACUAAAUUUUGUAAAGCUGCAAUGAAAAGACCUUCCUGAUUUGAUGCUGCUGAUUUGGAGAACAAAAAUAAAGGGGAGAAAAACAUAUUCAUUGCCACAAUGUCACUAGACAAGAAAAAACAUUAAACUAUAUUUUGAUCUAUUUAUCACUCUAUUUGUAAUGCCUAUCAAUAUGAUAUUGUUGUGAUUUUUAUUAUUUAUAAACUGCUUAUUUAUAGUA